AUGGCAUUUUUCACAAAUCGUUUUGGCAAAAAAAUGUCAGAAUUUUUUCCAUUUAGUACUUGCGUAACUUUACUUUUCAAUCUUACCAUGAGCUUCUCAUUUAAUAUCAUCGGAGGUGAUAAUCAAGAAACUAAUAUGAAAGAUUUAAAUUGUCCAAGACUCAAAUGUGAGGACGAAUACUAUGUUAAAGAGCUUGUUGUAGCUCUCGGAAACUCAUCGUCUCAAAGUUUUUUGUCAAUUGCUGGCCUUGUUCAUCUAGCUGUGAACCUAUUUAAUAUAUCAGUUCAGCUUUCUUGUGUCAAAUUCAUUGACAAACGGGCCUUGUUCAAAAAGAGCACUUUCUUCAAAAUCCUUCUGAUACAAUGCUUCGUUGUUUCACUUCGUGUAUUCUUACAUAUUCUUACAAUUUGCAUCAUAAUCUAUGUAUCAAAUACCGAAUCGUCAGUGAGCAAGUUUCUAAGUCAAUGCUCCCUCUACGUGGAUUACUGUAGUAACUUCUUCUCAUUAACUGUCACCUUUCUUAUGUCAUUGAAUCGUUGCUUCUGCUUCGUGUCGUACACUUGGAAUGCAAGAAUUUUCGACGGAAAAAACGUGAUCUACAGUGUUUCAAUCGGCGCUGUGAUAUCCAUUGUUAGCGCAGUUUUGUGUAUAAUUACUUCCCAAAUACGACGCAACUUCCUGACGAUUACGGGAUUUGUUGAUAUGGGACCAGAUAUUGGAUUUAAAGUUUUAAUCAACCGAUUAUUCUUCAUCUUCCCGUUCGGCUCAAUUGCGUGCUACGUUAUUCUAUUUUUUGUUAUACGGAAACAAAAUCAGCAGGCUCUCACAAAAACUUCAAACAGAAGCCGAGGAGAGCACAAGGUUUUCGUCCAGCUUCUAAUUACCGCUGUUCUUUACGGCAUAAUGUCAAUCGUCUAUGAAACUAUAAAUUUCAUAUACUGGAUUGACGUGGGAAUUCAGCUGGCUGUAAUUUCAGUGUUUGACGUACUAAACUACCUUCCAGAAAUAUCUCUGCCACUUCUAUUAAUUUGUAGUAGCGUACAAAUCCGGAAAGCAAUUUCUGAUUGGAUUGCUCCAAAGGGCGACCGAACUAUGGGCGGUGUGACGACGGAGGGGCCAAGGACGACUUCAAUGAGUAAUAAUAAGUGA